UGUCGAGGCGAAUAGACGUGAAAAACCACUUCGGGAUUCCUUUCAGUAGUGUGGGAAGUGCUUUUCCAACCACUUCUCCUGGAUAGGGAGAGAUUCACCUCCCACAUAUCUUUAAAGUUAUUCUUGCCGCAGAGCAUUUCGGUGUAGGCGUAUAGGAUGCAGGAAGAACGUUAUAACCACGUUGUCGUCCGCUGUCGAGUGUGUGUCUGCGCUCCACGUACGACGGUAGGAUCGUGCAUAAGAGGACGGAAAAAGUUCUAAACUUUAAUGGAUGUUUGAAAAAGUUGUUCUCUGGUUGGUGCUGGGAAGAAGACAAUCGGCAAAUACCCGAGGAAAUGUGAACAGCCAGCAGUGGGAACAAACAAAACCAAAGCCAAGUAAACAAUUGUUCUUUUGCAUAAUCGCGACCAGGGGUAUUCUGGAAAAAGUGGAAAUAGUUGUUUCGGCAGUUCAGUGUGUGUGGCAAGACACGAGGUUUGUGUUUUCCCUCGAGGGCUACUGGUGAGAAAGUUGUUGGGGACCGAGUGUUCGUCACAAUGAUUGGAUAUACGUGAGAAUAAGAUACCGAAAUUUGCAUGGAACACAUUCGUCACUUGGGCAACUAUUCGGCGUUAUGAGAGUAGUGUCGCAGCAGUGUGGAUUGCAGAGCGAAUGAAAAACGUAGUGAAAUAGUUCAGCGGAUUCGGUGCCAAAUGUGAGAAACAAAUAGAGCCAUGAUAUAUUCAUCUCGAUUGUGCCAAACCAUUGCGUCAGAAUUGCCAAAAUCAAAUUUACCGUAUAUCAUAUGAAAUAUUUAGUGCUUCGUUUCGAUGUGCAAGUGCUUCGUUCGAAAAUAGAAGAAUAAAUGUAUCAAUGGAGAAGAACCAAUAUUGAAUGUAGACACAGCUCUUCUGAAAUCUGGAAUCUGGAGGAGGUAGACCGAAGUUCACCGUCAUCAUCGUACAGAUCAAAGUGAGAACUAUAUCCAAUCAAAGAUUGUCAUCGGUUGGAUUGCCGGUUCAAAGGGAACGAAAGUGAAUAGGCAGGACGCACAGUUGGAGUUGGGUUUGCUCUGAACUUUGCAACACAGUGGCAACGAGUGCGGCCGUUGGACAGUGCAGUGGUUCCAUAGAAAAAUCGCCUACAUUAUUUGGAGACGAUAAAUAGGAACCGCAACUUAAUAUCUUCGUGUGUCAUAUCCACCGAACCGAGGUAGCCAUCAACUCCCAUGCGGCCAAACACACAGUAUCGAAGCAAUUUUAUCAUCCCAUCGCCGGUCGGCCGUAGACAACUUUAGUGCCAUAUGGAGAUCCGAGCUGCCAAGAGACGAUCUCCCAGUUUGUGUGUGAUAAGCAUAGCGUAGUUGUAAUAAUAGUUAUAACCAUAGUAAUUAUAAUCGCUGUUUUGUGAAAAUAAUGAACAUGUUCAAAAUGUCCAGGGUGGCAGCAUUCCAAAGCCGGUCCAUGAUGAGACAUGUAAUCAUAAAUGCGUCAUGUUUGCUAAUUAUUUGCACGGCUGCCAGUGUCGGAGUGGGCAACCCAAGUGGCAAAUUUCAAUCGAUUUCUGACACCGCUAGCGCCGGAAGCACACCAGACAAUAAGCAGACACCCGCUGUGCAGCAUAGAAAUCGGAUGCUCGAGCGAGAACUUUAUGUCAAUAGCCACGAUAAAAGUUUAUCUCCCGUAAAGUCUGAUUACGAUGUUAAGCACUUCCAGAGCAAACGUGACUCCCGGUUUAGUGCGAAUGUGAGAUGGAAGCGGAGUCCCAGGAACGCCAGUACAAACAGCCACUUCAAUAUUCUAAACUUAUCCAACAAAAGUCUCACAGAUGGCCAACGUUUAUCCGAAGAGCUAUCACAGUACAGCCACAGGCAGACCAAGUACGAAAUUAGUCACUACUACAACCUCAGUGAUAUUAGUGCGUUAGACCUAUCAAGAAAUAACCUAUCGGAGGAACUUCCGGAACUGGUGCAGAGAAACUUUUCCAGUUUGUCAUGGCUGGACUUGUCAGAAAAUAACCUCGCCACAGCAGUCGCACUGAAGAUUCCCACCCUCAAAUAUUUGAAUCUGUCGAGCAAUCAUAUAAAGUCAUUAUCCACCACCCACCUGCAAGGACUGACUCGGUUGGAUAUUUCCUGCAAUGCCAUAACCAGUGAUGCCACCCGUUCCUCCCUAAUGCUCCGAAAUCUGACCGAUCUGGAUCUCAGCUGCAACAAACUGGAAACCAUAGACAAAAGUUUCUUCUUCCACACUCGCUCGCUGCACCGGCUAGAUAUCUCCGAAAACGUAAUCAACCGACUGAAUCGCUCCAUUUUCUACAAUCUUAUCAACCUGGAGCAUCUGAACCUCGCCGGAAAUCGAAUCGAUGUUAUUGAAAAUGACACGUUCUCCUAUCUGCCGAAUCUGCAAUUUCUGGACCUGUCGCGCAAUGACAUCGGACCGGGUUCCAUCCGGGCGCUGCAGGGCAUUCCGGCACUGAUUGGCCUCUCGUUGGCGCAGAAUGUGCGACUCGGUCCGGUCAUGCACGAGUUUGUGGCAUCGUGGAGCCUGAAAGAGCUGGACGCCAGCGGAACCGGACUGUGCCACAUCCCAACGGCACUGGCGCAGUCGGUCAAAUCGCUGAAACUGACCAAUAAUUUGCUGAGCGUGAUACGAAGCGGCGAUUUGGACAGCUACCCCCUCCUACAGCAGUUGAUCCUAUCGGAUAAUCUUAUUGCCGACGUUGAGGAGGAUGCUCUUGGGCGGCUGGAGCUAUUAUCGACACUGUUCCUGGACCGCAAUCGAUUGGUUCGGAUUCCGAUUAGCCUCCCGUCCAAUUUAAUUCACCUCCAUCUGCAGAACAACGAAAUUUACGAGCUCCAGCCGGGCGUGUUCCGGAAUUUGAAAAAUCUCAAGACUCUCAACCUCGCCGGCAACAAGAUUGCCUAUUUGCCGGAACUGCCCCUGCCGGGAUUGCUUAUCUUGAACGUAAGGCGUAACGAUCUGAAAGGGUUGAGUCAAUCAGUGGUGAAGACGUCCCCGCACCUCAGGGAUUUCCUGCUCGAGAACAAUCCUGUCAAAUGUGCCGACCUACUCGGAAUAGCCGAGUGGGUCAAACCGUGCCGUGAUGAGAUGCUUUUCGACGAUAGGGACUACCCUGACAGCGGCAGUCCUGAUGACAGUGGAAAUGAGUUUGAAAUUUUCGGAAGAUUUACGACCGGACAAAGGCGUCCGAGCUGUUGCCAAGGGGAAGGUCGAAGAAGGACGCCAGGAAAAAUGGCGAUGAAAAUCGCUUCAUUCAAAUCGCAGUGCCAAAGCGAAAAUUUAAUUAACCUGAACGCACCAAAUCGCCUUAAAGACGAUCAAACAACCGUGAAGCAUCCAUUAGACGAUGGUAAAAUGAUUCCAGCGAUAACGACCCCCAGCGUCGCCCCGUCGACGUCUUCCACCGCUGACAUUGGCAUGAUGAAUGAUAAGCUUAGUACCAUUGCCAACGAGGAGAGUUUAUUAAAGAAUUUAACGACCUCAACCCCGCUGUCCGCACAGCAGCCAACAAUAGCACCAGAAGUUCAUUAUAACGAAACUGGUGAACCAAAUGCCAUAGCCAUUAUCAGCGUCAAGGAGAAGGAAAAUUUAAAUGUAAAUUUCGGUACAGAAAGUUUACAAAAUCUUACAACAGUGGCGCCACCAGUACAGUCGGAAUUGCGUUCAACAAUAACAGCAGAACUGCAGCUUAAUUUUCAUAAUGAGACGAUUAAAGAUACAAAACAAGAUAAAGCGGGAGCUCCGAAGAAAGGCAAAAUCAGAUCGCAAACAAAGAAAGCGACGGCCAAGAAGAGUCAGCCAGCCAAAUCCACCUCGAGCCCUAAUCCAGAGAGCCGUGAUAAAUUAGAGAAUAGUUCGAGUGUAAAUAAAGUCGUCAAUUUAACGGCAAUAACACCGAUUGUUAACGUUACUGGAAGGAAACGUGACGAAGCGAGUGAUAAGAGCUAUUCCGGUGCAAAAGACCGUCGACAGCCCGAAGCGGAGGAGAAAAAACUCAACAGAAAUAGCUUAAUUCAAGCUGAUUCGAUGGCAGCAGAAACGAGUCCCAGCCCGAAGCGAGCCACAAGUACGAGUGACAAAUUGGUAGAAAUAACAACGACAACGGUGACGACGACACCGGCUCCAAUGACAACGGAAUCCUCGCUGUCCGGAUUGUCAUCAUCUCUCUUGAUCCCUUCGUUGACCUCAAUGAUGCCAGCAGAAUAUGGACGUACGGUAGAACAAAAAUGGACCACUUCAGCAGCGACAGAGCCAACUACGAUGACGGUGCCAUCGGUGGCAAGGACAACGGCAAACGUGGUCUCCAUCAACAAUCAAAACAACCCUCACCAGCAAAACUCCAAACAAACGAACACCAGCGCUACCGAGGGCAGUUUAGAACAAACCGUCUCAUCGCCUACUACGGCUGCUCCAGUGCACGGCACUAGAAAGGCGAAUAAAUAUGAAAAAGCCACCGUCAAAGCCAAUGCUAACUCGACCAAACCACGCAAGAAUGUAAAUCAUAUGAAGAUGAAAUUAAAAUUUAACCACGAUCAACUGCACGAUGAUGAAUUUCGCGACAAUUUUGACACUGACAGCGUAGGUCUGCUGAUGGGUAACAACUUUGGUUUCGGCCAUCCCAGUCACGGCUCCGGCACUGGCCCCGGUCUGCACCGAAAGAGCAAAUUUUCCAUCUACGACAGCAUCUACAUGGCUUCGCUGAAAAAUGCCAACUUCAAACCGUUCCAUCAUUCUAUGCACGUACCGAACGGGAGCCACUCGGUGCUGCUACCGGGAACGACUCCCGCCGCCAACAAGACAAGCAGCAGUAGCAGUAACGCAGACAUUCCGGCCACGUCCGUGGAAACGUCGUCAAAAAUUUUACCACAAGAAUGGAAUGAUGUACGACCGAUGUCAAGUGGCGGCUCUCAUUACGGUCUAUUCAUUGUAGUCGGGGCAACAUUCGGUAUGCUAAUUUCAUUCGGGUUGUUCCAUCUCUAUUAUUGCCGUGUCCGGCGGGGUCAACAUCUGCACGGACAUCACCAUCAUUACCAGCAGUAUCCGCACCAGCAUAGUGCCGAUGGUAACAGUGGUAGUCAUAAUUCCGCUCAUCAUCGCUAUUCAUACGCAUUCGAACAGGACGACAGUGACGAACGUCUAACGUACACCAUUUCGACCUCGGUUCUGGACGCACCCGCAGAGGUGGACGGAAGUUCGCCGAUCCAUCAUCAGCAGCAGCAGCAGCAUCACCAACAGCAACGGGAUCGGCGGCAGCGGGAUGUCCUCCAUAUGGACAUACUAAAUCCACUCAAAUCAAAACCAUUGUCACGGAAUUCCAGUACCAGCAGUAGUAGUGCCAGCAGUUGUUUCGACAUCGACAGCGGUGCGUCCAACUGUAGUGAGUUCCGGCCGGCGGCGCCCGACGGAUAUUGUUCCGAUAAUCAGAAACCCUAUCGCCACCACAAUCGAAAUGCGCUCAAUAAUCAUAAUAAUUCAGAGCGGGAUCGGCCCACUCGUCGGGACACCGCCAUCGAUAGGUGGUGACGACGAUGACAAAGACGACAACUCCAUUAUUCUACGUUUAACGAUGCUUACAGUGUGUUUGAGUGAGAGCAUGAUUUCCAUUAAAAGUGCCCUCUCGAAACUCGCGCUCAUUCCCAUUAUUGCUGGCGUGGGUUCACAGUGGUGCAGGACGGUGGAUGAAAGUAUGUUAAUAGAUUGAAACAUAGUGGGAUGUGAUUAAUUUGAUGAGUUUUAAAAAGACAUACUAGUUUGCUUCCAGUAAGCUUUUCCGCUCUUUGAAGGAAGCACGAUACUAGCCAAUCGGACUAGCGAGCAACGCCUAGUUGCAUAGCCGAAAUUUUGUCGGGACUUCGGGUUACGGUAACCACCGUCUUCUCAGGAAAUCUCACCCAAAUGGCGGUGGCACACAAGCCACGUGUAACAAGACGAGAUAGCUUUGGACACUCGUCGGCCUUCAACAUAGAGCUGGUCAAUAAUACCACAGAAGCGACAGAACUUUCAAAGAGAUUGAGAUGAUGGAAAGCAUGUUGUAGAAUCCUCUGGCCGGCGGCACUUCAACGAUUCCAUCCGGAUGUUCUGGUCAAGAUCGUUGUUCAAUCCUGCUGUCUCAACCUAUUGGGGAGUCCGAGAAAAGCCGGGCUUUUGGUCCGUUUGGUGACGUCUUGAAGACUCAUCACAUUUCAAGCACCCCCGAGAGCGAGGAAACGCACAGCCCUCUCGAGGAGCCUCACCUCAAUGACGGCGGCAGUCUCUGCCACGCCAAUUUGAUGUUUUAGGAAGGUUAAAAGGUUGAAAUGAAGAUACAACGGAAUUGUUAAUCAUAUGAUAUGGCAGAUUCACGAGAGAUUCACCACAGGGUUACGAGGGGUGACCUAGUGCCCUUAUCACUCCUCCUCAACAGUCAGUGCUCCAUCCUAGUUCAAGUGACUCCGAGAACCGAGUUCAGUCUGUACAGCCUCUGGUUGAAGAAGGUGUGUAGUUUCUUUUAAAAACACCGGCAAUUAACUUACGCAUCUGUUGUGCAAGGUUAACUAGAAGGCGUCGAGACAAACGAACUAGUCGCUUUGAGGGCUUCCAAUCAUUCGCCCAAGUAACAAUGACAGCUGACUAAUAGCUUAUACAGCCAAAAUUUUCUAAAUUAAGCUUGAGAGCAGUUUAUUCAUCUAUUGUACAGCAAUAAUGUUUGUUGAGAUCUCCGUCGGAGCGGUAAACUUCCUCCGCAGGAUCGACGCAGUUGCAGCUACGUCGGGUCUUGUACACACGGCCACGUACAUUAGCGACACUCUAGUACUUGGUAGUAUGCAUCGCUCGCCAUAGUAUUCUUCAGUAAGUGAGCAGUAGCUCCAGACCCAAAAAAUUCUUCAUCUCGCCGAUCUUCAAAUUCUUCCUAAAAUCUUCGUAGACACGCCUGAUCUCUGCCUCAUUAGUGCAAGCAACGAGCAACAUUUCGCUGGCAUCCUGACAACUGAACCUUCUUUGUAAUCCUUAAUACAAAUCAGAAAAGCGUCUUCUUCUUCAAAAAACUAUGGACGAAUUCAUUUCGUAGAACUCCUUCCAGUCACUACGUGCACUAUUUGCAUUUUCGCAAGAAUCAUCUUUAGGUUCACCAACCUCCUGUAACCGCUGGCGCAGAAUUCCGUAGCGGCGCCUUCCUUACCUCAUUGUCCGUGGGUUCCAGAACAACCUACGGUUGCGGGACAGUCUUCUUCUCCACAAUCGCGCUUAAGGAACCGAUUGUCCCUUUCUCGAUUUGCAAAUCCACGCGAUCCAAAGGCGAGACGCUAGACCUUGUGCUGUUCUAAAUAGCUGAUGAACGUGUAACAAGUGUCAGUGUAACGUCCAUUAUUGAUGGGAUUUGUCGCGUGUAGUAUUCGUUGAAUUUUGUUUUAAAAAAAGAAAACGUUUGUAGUUAGGUUAAGUGUAACGUCCAAAAAAUCCCACGAACGCAGACAUCACUGCACUGCCCUAUACAAGGACGACGGUAGUUCUGCUAGCCACCACCAGGCUGCACAGGACUACACGAAUGGGCGGCCAUGGGGGUGGCGAAAUGGGCGGCCAUGGGAGGUGAACUGAGUGGCCAUCAUGAGGAGGAUACACGACGGGUCAAUGGCCAAAGGUUCGGGGUCAACGAGCUCCAUUACAACAGAUCAUUAACCUGGUGAUCUGCAUACAGAAGAGUUGCAAUUUGUUAAAGUAGAAAAACAUCCUGAGAAAUUAAAGAAAGUGUAGAAGUUAAGAGUUGGAGUAUAAGAAAGACGUUGUGAAGGAUUAGGAGACAAGGAAGUGUGAAGGAGAAACUGGACAUCCAGGUAAAUUUCUGUGAAACCCCGAACCCAGAACGUCCGUCCGUAUAGUGCUGAAUCCGCCAUUAUGUGUCUGCCAUUGUGCCCACAGGACCUCGCGGUUUUAUUUUAAAACCGAACUUUGCGGUAUCUUUUGGAGCCACACCGCAGCGUAGACCCUACUCACCUUUUUGUAGUGCGUCCGCAUUACCCUUGUACCCGAUACAACCACCAAGCGCGCCGACGAACCCAGGCUUUUUCCAGUGACUCUACGGAUCACUGAAGCCUCGAGUCCGUCAACACACUCGAGGGGCGCACGGAACAGGAGGAAGGUCCACGAGAGGCUGCAGCCAUCGGUAGAGAGGAAGAAGGAGAAGAAUUGCCCGCCCCCUGGCCCAGGAAGGAGACGAGGAACCAGAGGACAGGCGAAAGGAACGGCAGCGAAGGCGUGCAGUGUGCGGGGCCCCGAAGAAAGAAGAGAAGUGAAGAAAGUAAGGUAGGACUAGUCCUUAAGAAAGUGGGAGGCGUCGUCCGGUGUUGAGGGCGGACGCCAGAAAGCUAGGAAGGGAAAAGCUAGGAGGAAGAGAGAAAGUAGGACGUCAGGAAGUGAAUAAAAGUGUACACGAGACCGUCAUUAUAGGGAGCUUUGCUUUACCACAUCUACAAGUGUUUUCAUUUCGCGGAGUGUCACGAGCGUCUUGCCGACCCUGAGGCUUGAAGACGGGGGUUUCAUCCUUGCUGGGAGUAACACGGCUCUUGCUAAGUUACAAACGUCAGGGUUCGCGCCUUGCUGUCGUAUUUCCAACGCUAAGUGUCCGGAACGUGACCCCAGCCUUGGCAGCCAAACAUUUCCAAGUGGUUCUGGUUGGACAUCCGUACAAACCACUUUUCGAACAGCGUAUAAUCAACCGAUAGCAACGGCAAUCGAUUUUGUAGGUGAGCAGCUUUCACGACAAAAUACCUUUUGUUGAGCUUGGCGUUGAUGAGCAUGGCGAUCGCUAUCUCCUGAAGUUAGCGGCUUUUCCUCUCAGCAUCGCCGCACUUUUUCAGUGUGCUGGUAGUCGCAAACCUUGCCGUUAUAUCUUCCCGUACUACGAAACACUUUGAACGAUUAUUGCAAUAUUCAGUUACCUUUGGAACCUGAUGCGGCUCUGGUAUUAUGGAGACUUCGCACUAUAGAUUUCCUUGUUCUCCUUCUGUUUUUUUCUUCUUCACUUACUCACUUUCCACGGUGCGCCACCCACUGUACUUACCUACCAUCAUCUUUCUGCUUUCUUCUGGAACACUCCUGCUUUUUCGUAUCCUUCUCUUUUCCUGGUGUAUCCCUUCCUCUUUUCUCCGUACGAGUUCUGCGGUGGUGGCUCUCCAGUGUCUCCUGUCUGCCAAAGUCUUCCCUACUGUUUCAAUUCUAAUUCUGGGCACCUUCUGCUGCUGGAACGACCGACUUGAUGCUCGUCGCCACGUACUUUAUCUUCUAGUGCACCCUUCAUUGUUUACCCUUCACAAACUCGUGCGGUUCGUUCACCUUCUACUUGAUCUUUGCCGCCAAGCUCGACUUCUCAAUUUGCGAGUUAUCUUGGCUUCUCAAGUUCGGUGUGGAAGCACGACUCCGGAGCCCCAUCUUUCUUUGGUCUCCCUUUUGGAUCACUGUGAGUCCGACAGCUAUCCUGAGGUGGAGACCUCGUAAAUUGUUAUUUAGCGAACGGAUUUGCAAUAUUUCCGCUGUCCUGACCGCUAACUUUCAUGUCGUAAGUAGUCGUCUAUGUGAUCCUAUGGCUAUCUUUGCUUGCAAGGAGGUCAUUAAAUGGUUGAAAACUUUGUCCUCCAUGGAGUAUUGUGUCCAGAGUCGAUCGAGGCUAGUCAGGAUCUUCAACUGAGCCUACGUCUACCAACUAAGAUGGCGAGUUUUGGACGUAUCAAGAGGCCUGUCAAGGUUUUAACGGGACGGAGGCAGUCGUACUGUUAGACUGCUCGCCGUUUCAAGUCGGUACCAUCCUCACAUACUGAUAUAACCAGGAUAUUACUAGUGUCGAUACUGUUGUGCUGGUUGGCACUCCAGGUAUUUGGGCUAGGGUGCUUUAAGAGGCUUUUUAUAGAAGUUCAAUAGAGUCCGCUGUGAAACUUUUCUAUACCCUGGACAAACUCCCCACCUCGCAGGAGGCCCGAGGAAGAUGAUUCGUCUGGACUCUUGUCCCUGCUGCUCGUUGACUGCUUGAAACUAACAGACAUUGGGUGAGAAUGGCGCCUGCUACGUCAGAUUUCAAUGUGAGGAAGGGGAAGGAAUUGAUUAUUACAAUUUCUUACCCACCGCAGAACGAUGAGUCCUUUGCGUCUGCACCCUUCUCCAAUCGCAACCCCAUGCCCUUUGGUCUUCACGCCACGAGUACGUUCCAGGUACUUCUCCGCUAGUACCACACGUCCUCCACGAUGGUGAUACCAAAGGGCAGCAUUCCCGCGAUAACACAUACUGCCUCCGUCAAAAUGGUUCUGUGCGUGCUCGGGAUCCACGUAGCCAUGAGUCGGAAGGCGUUGUUUAGCACUCUUCGAUUGCGCUUCAUAUUCGGCGCUUCAGCCCACGCUGCGAUACCAUACCUAAGUAUUCAGCCUGCUACGCUUCCCAGAAGACCACGAAGCAGUAGUCCACCACUGCAUGAUCAUCGCUAUAAGAUUGACAGCCUUUGUCGCCUUUCCGUACCGUAGCCGUAGUCGACGUGAUCCUUAAAACUGAGUCGAUCACCGACCAACACUCCUUGAUGCUUCAAAGCGCGUUUCGAAUAAAACUGGUAACAGAUCUCCAUCCGUUGAACUGCUUUACAGUUCUGUUAUAAGCAAUCUAAAGGUUCAUUGGUUUCAUCACCUGAAUUUCCUCUUCUUCAAGCGUCUCUCUUGUUACCGUCAAUACGACGUCGUCUGGGAAGCUCACGAUGACGACUGCUUCCGGAAGUUUAAAAGAUGAUAGCCCUUUGUAGAAGGCGUUCCAAAGGUAUGGAUUAGGGUGGCCCACACUUAUAUGAAAAACAAAAAUUUCGAAAAAUAUUAAGUCUUACCUCCUAAAUCAGUUGUUUUGGACCCCCAGAAGCUACGUUCAAAAUUUGAGCAAAAUCGGUUGAGCCUAAGGGGGCGCUCAAAUCGCGUGAAGUUUGUAUGGGAAAUUUUGGCCAAAUGUAUGCAGAAAUUUUAAGUUUUCGAAUUUUGCCGCUAGGUGGCACUGUAAGCGUUCAAUAAUCAAACCCUUUGGUAUUAUUGUAGGUGACUAUAUGCCAAAGAACUUUGUCGAAGACCGGGAAGUGAUCCGACGCCUGUGAAAAAAGUUAUACCCUAGGCAAAGUGAGGCAAAGUAUUGAGAUUUCAUUAUUGAUAUUAUUCUUUUACAUGUAUUGGAAAAACAACAAAAAAGUGUAUCCUCACUUUACCUAGGGUAUAACUUUUUUCACAGACGUUGGAUCACUUUGCGGUCUUCGACAAAGUUGUUUGGCAUAUAGUCACCUACAAGAAUACCAAAGGGUUUGAUUACUGAACGCUUACAGCGCCACCUAGCGGCAAAAUUUGAAAACUUAAAAUUUCUGCAUACAUUUGGCCAAGUUUUCCCAUACAAACUUCAAGCGAUUUGAGUGCCCCCUUAGGCUCAACCAAUUUUGCUCAAAUUUUCAACGUAGCUUCUGGGGGUACAAAACAACCGAUUUAGGAGGUAAGACUUAACAUUUUUCGAAAUUUUUGUUUUUCAUAUAUGUGUUGGCCACCUUAGUAUGGAUCCUUGAGGAAAAUCUAUCGUCACUCCUGAAGACCUCUGUCCUGCGUUGGUCUCAACGCCAGUACCCUAUUCUGGAAGUAGCUGCGUAAAAUCUGGCACAGAUAUAGCUGAACCUCCCUUUAAAAUUUCGUUUGAAACUUCCCUGAUACUCUAUGAAAUCACCCUAGAACUCCAUCAAACCUUCUGAUUUCUCUGAAUCCCCAUCGAAACCCACGAGACCCCCUGUAACGAUUUGAAGCUCCCUGAAUCAGCACUAAACCCAACUGAAAACCCUGUAAUUGCCUCGAAAGCUCUCUGAAUGCAAUGAAUUCUCAUCACGAGUGUUUGAUACAAUACCUGCCUGCACCACUGUGACCUGUCGAGAAUCAAUUACUUUUACCCGGUAACUACCAACAACGGACGGCGCUGGACAAUCAGGAAGACUCGAGGCAGGGAGUAGGGCAGAAAUUCAUUGCAGCAUUUGCCCUCUCGGACCUUUGUAACCCUGCCGUAACCCAAGCUUGUCCUGACCCGGCAAAAAGCAUCUAAUUGUACUAACUGGUAUCGAAGGACAGACGGACAAUUUCAUUUCGAUUCUGGGCAGCUUCCGCUGCCAGCACGUCAUGUCCACACCACUGUCAAUGCUCUCCUCCAUACAUACAAACAAAUAUAUAGGUAGUGUAUCUGAUUCUCGAUGUAGAUUAUAGUGUAUAGUUUUAGGCGUCGGUUUUGCGCCGCUAGGAAGGACCAGAAAGCGGGGAGGGUAGCAGAAUAAAAGCAUUUAUAAUUGCGGUUUGAGGUGUGAGAGAUAGAUGCAUCAAAUGCAUUGGAGAUAUUGCUGGCUGCUGCUGCUGCGGUACGUAAUACGGUACAAAUGGAAUGAUUGCUCUCCAGUGCGGCAGGUGUGGCACUAAGAGCACAAACGUGCGAAUGAUUCUAAAUAAUUCAAUAUGUGAUGUGAUCUGGUAAAUGGAGAUACACUCUGUCCUGUUUCUGUGCUGAGCAGGUCAACCAACGUGAAUGGAAGAUAUUCCAUCAGUUAUUCCAACUUGAGUAGACGGAAAUAAUGUGGAAAAAAUCGACUACGAUGCAGGAUGAGUGGACACCGCAAUCGAUACCUGGAAGCAUAGUCAUUUACUAAUUAAUUACUUCUGACGCAACUUCGUAGAAUGUUCUUCAUUAAUUAAAUAAAAUUCCAGUCAACGUCUAGUCUAGUGAUGCUUUUUGUUACAAAUCGGUUAGCCUUCUUCGAGGUUUUCGUACAUAUUCAGUCUUCAAAUAAACAAAUGGAUGAAACGAAGCCUGAAUUUUUCAAAUGUUUGCUAAUGACAACAGUUACAAAUGUUUCCAACAUUUCCCGAAUUCUCGGCAUCAAUUCAUCAGCAACUUUCCACCACCACAACCGCAUUCAAAUGCCCAUCCGAUUCAAAUUAAACUGAAACUUAUGGCUAGAAAAUUAUUACAACAAUUCCGUCCCAACGCAACCUUAUCACGUUUGCUGAAGCGAAGUAGUCUUUCUAUUUCGGGUGCAAUUAUAGCCACUCGGGUGCAGCAUACCCGUCGUGCUAGUUAUCCAAAUGACCACCACCCAGCCAGCACACACAGGCACGAACCGAAGAUGCUCGAAUGCUCAGGAUAACUUUUCUCGUUCAUCGUCCAUACUGUAUGUCUGCUGCUCGUCCUUCCAGGCAGUUAAAGAGGAAUGUUUCAUGUGUUUCUCACUCGUGACACUUUCGGAGAGCAGAAGUUUUUAAAUAUUUGCUGCACGUAUAGGGUGCAAUGGUUGAAAACGAAAUUGUUGCAGAAAGCACCAGAAUCAACCGAACUCGUGAACUUUGUGAAGACCGACGCCACGACAGUAACGCUGCAAGGAUGUUCUCCCCGCGGCUACUUAAUCGCUGUAAGUGUCAAUUUCGAUCGCAGGGCACUGGUAUGACCUACGUAGCGGACUCCGAACUCUUGGACCACCCCUUUUAUUGCGUAUGCACUAGCUGUUCUCCGAGUAGUAGCUCCAAGACGGUUUGGGUGAUAGCCGUUGAAACGGCAUUCCAGCUAAACUCAUCCCUACACAUUCUCUGGACAAAAUUGUCCGGAGUUGUGUCCACUCCGCAUUUGGCAAGCAUGUGGUCACGCAUUGUGCGAAUACGCGGGCACACGAACAAAACGCCGUUCCCUCUAAACCUGCGCAAACCGGGAGAAACCGCAUGACCGGAACGAUAUAGAUACUGACGGAAGCAACCAUGGCCUGAAAGUACCUACGCCUGUUAACCUAGCUAUCUACCCUCGGGAUCAACGUGAGGGUCGACCUUCCAUUGGCGGAACUGUCCGGGUCAUAAACUAGUACUCAAUUCUGGAAGUAACUUCCGAGUAUCUUGUAUGUACAGGUACCCGGGUAUCUCCAGACGCAGGAGCGUAUCGGCAAUAACCGACCAACUGGCGCUAUUGAACGCGUUCCUCACACCCAGAGUCACGACCGCAAAGUAGUGAAUCCCCCCGCGCUUUUCUUAGGCUCGAGUGCUUUCCCGGCGGUUUUUGUAUCCGACAGGAUAGCGUCUACGGUCAACCUUUCCUUCCGGAAGCCGAACUGGCUACUCGAGAUACCAUUUACACCCUCGGUGUGCCUCAACAUUCCAUUGAGGAUGACCUUUUUAAGCACCUUCCCCACCGUGUCGAUCAAGCAUAUAGGUCUAUAUGCCGACGGAUCUCCGAGUGGUUUCCCCGCCUUUGACAAUAGAACCAGGCUCUGCUUCUUCCAUACUUCUGGGAAAACUCCCUUUUCCAGGUAUUUUUGCAUAGCAGACCUGAACAUCUCGGGAGCCUCGGCAAUAGCUACUUUUAAGGCUACUUUUGCAGCGGCGAACACCACCCGCUGUUCGUUUGGCUCUUCCUCGUGCUCGCUAGCCCGUAGGCAGGCGCGGCACAAGUCCACAAACGCUUCAGUACACCAGUAAGCCGGUUGCCUUUCAUUUCUAGGGUGGGCUCGCCUAGGCAUGGUUGCAUCGGACUCACGCAAGAGCACCGCUACCAGCUCGUCGCCGUCUAAACCAAGUAGGUUUUGCUCACGGCGGAGCGCCUCCCAGAAUACCCCUUCGUCGAAGUAUUAUUCCACCUGCGAGGACUUGAGCUUGAGCUUGGCCUAGCCACCUCUUCCUGUUCCCACCGGCUGCUGUUGUUGUAGUCGAUACUGUAGCGAACCACCAGGUAAUCGCUGUGAGUGUAGUUUUCGUCUAUUCUCCAAUUCGAACUACCUUUUAGGGUAAGCACUUAGUCUUUUACGCUUUCUUGGUUUGGCGUCCCUGAUCUCUUCGACCUCUUCGAUUUUUCUUCGUACUCUUCCGCUCGACUUUCGUCCAAGGGGGUCCUCCCCCUUGGCUCACGCUACUCUGUGGUUGUUGAGGACCUAGCAACGGUCUCAACCUCUGUUCCCUUCCAUCCGGGGCGGGUCAGCCAUUUAAGGCCCACCCAUCACAGCUUUCCGGUACGCCAAGAAAGCUUCCAUCUUCGCCAGUGUUAAGUCUAGCUUUCGGCCGGACAGCUACUUUAAGGGAUGUUGAUCUUCAUCCUUCCCUACUGGUCCCUGCUGCUUUGUUGUUCCGACGUUCAGUUAACAAUACACUUCGACAGGUACACAAUUUUCCACAACUACUAUGUGCACCACUAAGCUUUUUGAAAAGCUUAGAUCUGGUCCCGGAAUGACCAAGACGCUAGAUCUGUUGAUAUCCUGAAGAGAACGCUUCAUAAUCCUGUGGGUCAUCACUGAGCAGUAUGAGCGGCCUCGACUUCAGUUCAGCUCCGCUUGAAUCUAAAUAUAUCUUGUUGUAUAAAAGCUUGUGCUUGCAGAUCAUCCGUUUGAACAAUAACAUAAACGGUUUGACUGCUGACUUCCAAAGUUCGUCGACAUUUGGCGAUUGCGCUAGAUGUAUCCGGUGACAAAUAUCUUCACUGACAGGCUGCGUUUGUUGUGGGUAAACAUCUUGGAAAGGCCCGCAAUAAUGGACUCAUAACUCUCUCCGGUGCACAGUGGGAGGUUACCCAUAAGCGGAACUUCGGCCUGACUCUAAGGCAGGGUACGCAAUAGCGAAGCACCAUCCCCAUGAGAAUGCGGAUGCUUCUCAGUUAUAAAGUUUUUCGGAUCAGGGUCGGGCUCGAGCGAUACCCGACGCAAGCGAACGGGUGUCGAUGCUUGAAGAUGUACUGAUGCUUACGCCGGUUCGUGAUUGGCCCUUGGCGAAGCACACCGCCUAAGUACAGUAUUCCGUUUUUAAGUUGCGGAUUAGGAGCUGCAAUCUUCCAUGAUUAGCUAAUCCCUCUGCCGCUCGUCAGAGGCAGGCCUGACUCAGGCAGAAAAUUUUGACAUUGAGUACUACGUUAUGCCGAUUACGAAUUGUAACUGAGUAGUAACAUGCAGGCAGUAGUGUGAUGAAAAUUGCCAAACGAUGAUCGGAAGUCGAGGUCUUUGACUUAGAGAUCCACCGGGUAGUUGAUCGGUGGGGCUUUUACUGGUUGUCGAGUGGAACGACUUGUGAUUUCGCCGUCAUCACGCCCAUACGCACGAACCUCCCCUGUUUCGGAUAUUGUCUGUAUGUCGAAACCGGCAUCGCAUGCCUUGUUGACAUAGGGUGUCAGAAGCCUCUCUCGGUAUCCUUCGACGCUACGGGGUUCAACGAUUUUCCGUCUUCAACUAAACGCUGCAGGAGAUUUUGUGGCUAGGUGCGGAGGUGCCCUGUAUCACAGAAUUCAACUCGUACGUAGUUUACUGUACCGCCACUUGAAACAGAUAAUCUUGGGGAUCAGGUGUGUUCAGAACCGUUGACAGAUGCUGGACAAGUCAGCUUGAAUGAUGCAGCCGACUAUCAGAGCAUAGCUUACGAAAGCUCCGGUCGGCGUCUGGAGAGAAGCAUCCAAGAGAUUACUUCAAGCUUCGUAGUUGUGCUGUCUAGCUUACGAACAGCGUAGUGUGGCAGAAAGUACUUCCCGAUUUUUUUUUCAGCUUUCUCUUCCUGCAUCGGUAGUUGUUGUGUCUUGCUGUAAUAGUAUUCAAUAAUAAUUAUUCUUUCAUUGAAUAUCUGUUUAACUAUUUUCCACAUUUUUCACUGUCACAUACUGUUCCCUCCAGUAUUUGGACCACAUGCUGGGAAAAGAGAUAUAAAUCGCUCUCAAACCUCCCCAAAAGCAAAAACACAAUUGCGGUGGAAAGACUCGCGAAUGCUCCCCGAAUGUGACCAAAAUCUGCCGGAACUCGGAAAAGAGUUUUGACCUCUGUGUUGCUGGUUGGCCUAAGGGCGUCAUUCUACACGUCUCGCGCGAUAUGGCACCAUACUUUGUACAAGAGCAGCAAGCAGAAGUGCGGCGCGCGGUGGUCACUAACUAUGUGGCUAGGAAAUGAAAUGGAUGUACAAGCAACGGGAAAAGUACCUACAUGUAGAGGGCCCAGAGAAAGCAAACAUAAGCGGAAAUGCUAACAAUGUAACAAACAUUUUAUUGCCAGUUUCCCUGCUUAGUACUCGUACGUUCAGGGUAGUGGUGGUGGCGGUGGCGACUAACCGGCCAACCGACCGACAACUGACUGGUCGUCGGCUAUUUGAACUCGCAUGUAGAGAGCACGACAGCCUCACAGCAAAAGGUUGGUCAUUUGCCAGGCAAAAAUUGCGAAUGGGUGCCUCCCCGUUGCUCCACAUGCUCCGUCCGAGACGUAAUAAUAAAAUGGAAAUAUUCGGAAUGUUUUUAUUCUUUUUUUUUUCUGUGGCUCGUAUGCUGACAGAGAAGAAUUUUGAUGAAAAUAUCAACCCUUUUGAUGGAUUCUUGUUGAAUUCCAAACGACGACGGCGUACAUGUAUGUGACCAGUGCGGUAUGUUUGCUGUGGAAACGACCCGAGCUUUUUUACGGUUAUUUGUAUCAGUCACUUACAUCGUAUUUCUCUUACGACUGAUGAAAUUGCUGCAAGUACCAUGUGGUGGCUCCUUUUAACUUACAAUCUUGCUGGGAGACUUGGUUGACGUAAUAAAUAAUUAUGUAGAUCGUAAAAUCUACGCAAGGAAGAUGGAAUCGAAACUUCUUCGUUUCACUAAUGAAGUUUGUAAUUUAUGUCAAUUUGUUCACAUGCCAACCGAUCUGUGAGGCGGAUAUGUAGCGUUUGUGUUGCCCUUGAACAAAACAAGAGUAGGGCAAACCGUCAUAUGUCAAUUUUCUCCUUUUCAGAAUGACGUUUGGAAACUUUUGCAUUAAAUGUAACUGGUUAAAGUGUGACGAAAUGGACUAUUUUUCACCGCAAAUGUGUUGAAAAGGACUACGUUUUGACACACUUCUUUUCUUUUUUAAGCAAUAGCAGAUGAGUUAUCUACUCAACAUACACCUACCGAAGGUAAGCUUAUCGUCGAUCAUCACGCCCAAGUGUUUGACGGAGCGCUUUGACAGGAUAGUGCACUCUCCUACACUGAUCUCCGUCUGCUGCUCCGACUUCAGGUUGUUAACAACCGUCACCUCUGUCUUGUGGUGAGCCAGCUCUAGUUUCCUGGACCGCAUCCACGCCUCCACAACCUUGAUCGAGUGGUUGGUAGUCAACUUUACCUCCUCGAUCGUUUCACCGUAGACUUCGAGCGUAAUGUCGUCGGCAAAUCCGACAAUCACCACUCCCACUGGGUACUCUAACCUCAACACCUCGUCGUACAUGACAUUUCAUAACACCGGACCCAGGAUGGAACCUUGCGGGACUCCUGAGGUUAUGUGAAAGCACUUCCGACCCACCUCCGUGUCGUAGACUAGUACAGGAUUCUGACAGUAACUUCCGAGAAUCUUGUACAGGUACUUCGGUAUCCCCAGACGCAAGAGCGCAUCGGCAAUAGCAGACCAGCUGGCGCUAUUAAACGCAUUCCUGACAUCCAGAGUCACUACCGCACAGAAACGAAUUCCCCUCCUCUUAGGCUCGAGUGCUUUCUCGGCGGUUUUUGUAACCGACAAGAUAGCGUCUACGGUGGACCUCCCCUUCCGGAAGCAGUACUGGUUACUCGAAAGACCAUUUUCGCCCUCGGUGAACCGCAACAUUCUAUUGAGGAUGAUCUUUUUGAGCACCUUCCCCGCCGUGUCAAUCAAGCAUAUUGGUCGUUCCCCGCCUUUGGCAAUAGUACCAGGCUCUGCCUCUUCCAAGCUUCUGGGAAAACUCCCUCGUCAAGGCAUUUCUGCAUAGCAGGCCUGAUCAUCUCGGAAGCCUCUGCAAUAGCUAAUUUUAAGGCCAGGUUCGGAACUCCGUCCGGACCUGGGGCCUUACCUAGCUAUCCCCGCAAGUUCCACAUCGGUGACCCUCUGCUCAUCGUCAGCCUCAGACCCCGGCUGUCCUACGAAAGGAGGCCAAGGACUAGGAUCAUAACGCGGAAAAAGUCCUCCAAUGAUCCCCUCCAACAUCUCUGGAGAUUGCUCUGUAGGAGCCAUCACACCUCUCGUCUUGGCCAUAACGAUCCUGUAGGCGUCAUCCCACGGGUUCGUAUUGGCACUCUGACAGAGACCCUUGGUUGGUUGGUGAUUGAUCUACUCGUCUGUCGGAAUGCAUCGGUGCUGCAGUGUGGUCGUUGUCAUCUUGGAGAGCUUCGUCUUGUACGUACCGUCGCCGGGUGGUGAUUGAAAUAUAUCGAUAGAUUCCUCGGAAAAGAAAUUAUGUAGUAAUCAGUGUGUAGUUUUUCCGAAACUGGAACAACUUACCUCACAAAGGCAGUAGUGGUGCCUGAGAGUUCUACUUGGAGUAGCGCCUUGCGGGUGUUGGUUCCAGUGGAACGCUUCUGUCCUCGGUCGUAGCGAUUGAUGGUAGAGCUGGCCGGACCCAUUGCCAACCAAACGACAGAUGUGAGACUGGAGAUGGUACCAUGGUUGUAUCCAGGGGAUGCGGUGAUAGUGAGUGCAGUGCUACCGACGACACAGAAGAGGUUAAUAUUGAACUUUGCUUAGCGAUGACCAAGUGGCCAACGCAGGUGCCCAGUGCACCGGAGCGGGAGUAGAUGCUAUCUCCCUUGCUGAACUGAAUAACUUCAGUGUUACCUUUUACCAAGACGAGGGACUUGGGCAGACAUACACAGACGAUACUUGACGAGAAUUGACCUUUCACCCAUUGUAGAUUGACGGAAUGAUCUUGGGACUUCAUCAAGGGUAUCCAUGGGGUCCGAAGCGAAGCACUUAUUGAUUGGAGUUUUGUUACAAAUUUCCGUUGUCCCCAAAUAGACCUUGGUGAUGCCUCUGUCGAAGCUACCAUCCUUGGUACGUACCGUGACAACACGAACGUCAGUACCAGUACCACUCUGCCAAGUGGCCACCUCAGUUGAGGUGUAUUCUCUUUUUAAGAAGAACCAUUGUACCCACAGCGAUGUCAUUUUUCUGCAUGGUUCUGAACCAUGUUGUACUCCAGGGUGUUGUAGAACUGCUGGGUGAAAGCUGCACUUGCUCCUACAUCUUCAGGUGGUUGACGAGAACAUCGUGGAAGAUUCAAUCCGCUACAGCAGUGAGCGGACGGGUUUUGAAGGACUUCACUUGAGCUUCCUGCCGAAAUUUGGCGUCCGGGGUGAAAUGAACUUAAAUUCGAUGCCAUCGUUUGCUGCUGCCUUGAUACCGGGAUAUUGGAAUUUUCUGUCGUUCAGCUGCUCGCAGAGCUCCUUCAACUCUCGAUUUGCCCCAACAAAUGUAGUCCUGUUGUAGCACAUGAUUAACUGGGGUCGGCCUCAUCGAGCGACGAAGCGUCCUUGAGCCGCAAUGAAUCCACGACGAGCUCCAGAUGAAUUGCUGCAUACAUACACUGUAACGUAGCACUUUACUGGGGUGGAUUUCUGGUUGGGGUAGCUAAUGUUAAAAAGUCCGCAGUAGCCCAGCCCGACCUUCAAAAAUGGAGCCGAUGGAGUGACGCGCUUCACUGGCAAAUCAGCCAUAAGCUAAUCAAUGACUUUUAAUUUCCUUCGGAAACACGGAAUGCAUCCGUCGAUGACCUUUCUUGCCAAGCUGUUCGCAUUAGUUGGCCAGAAUCUUUCGCGAAGGGUUGCUACUUGUAGUCCAGCGUGGUAAAACUUAUAGUGGAAGUAUCUAACUAACGCUAUUGCUAGCGGAUGACGGUGAUCCAAGAUGAAUGGAUGCUUACUAGUUUCGGACACUGGAACAUUGGCAAAACGGUCUCCGACGCAAAUGAUACCUGCAUUAAGUACAGGGUACAACGAUCUGAUCCUGGACGAUGAUUUCACGUCUCCUUGUUUUCCAAGACCCGCCAUUUCUUCCGGAAAGCUGUCUUGUUGAGCUUGAUGCACUAGGACUAUCAGAGGAAAUCCCUGUGUGAGAAACACUUGAUAUAACCGCUCUUGACAUUGAUCCUGCAAUAACCACUGGAGAGUGGAGAUCUUCAAACCAUUGCCUUUCGUAUUGGAGUUAAGCUGACGACAUCCCAAGAGAAAUAAGGUCCACAGGACUCUUUAUUCCCGCUACGUGGCUCCACUUUCCGCCUUGGGUGAGAUGUUGUAUCUCCGAUACUCGGAUGGCAACGAACACUUGCUAACAAGACGAAAGAGAUGCGAGCCAGUGAUUGAGAAUUGUAGAGCCCACCCUGAAAAAUGCGCUAGGUACGGUCUUGACUUAGGCGAACUUCUCGUAGAGGUGACCUAGCAGGACUGUAGUCGAUAGCUUGCAAUGCAGUACCAGAGCCAAACUUCACUACCUUCGACACUUGCAAUUGCACUUUCGGACACGGUUAGCAAAGACGUUUGAACAGCGAUGUAUUGUGUCACUUGAUCAACGAGUUCGACAGGAACCUCCAAAUGCUCAAUAAAAUUGGUGAACAAAUGCUCACAACAAAUUGGUCAACGAUCCUUGCGUACAUGCUCUGCUCUCGUCUGAAUUCACCCACCCUUCGUCUCUGAGAAUCACAUCAUAAUUCUAACGGCGCUCGAGAAUUUGAUGAGCUGCUAGAGUUUCUUGUCGAUCAUUGUCUCGUUUUGCAGUCCAUCGCGCCUUGCAAGCCAAGCGAAUCCAAGCACAAACGUGCGCGAGUCACAACAACACACACUCAUCCCAAUCUGAACGGAAAUGCCGGUUUUGUGCGGAACCGUUUCAUCUUCCCUUCAAAUGCAACAAGUUCAAACCCAAGUAACCAAAAGUUCAGAUAAGAGGGUUCUUUAUAAGCUGAGCUGCUUGUUCAAGGUUGCUCAUUAGAAGGCUAGCAGCUUUAUUUUUAAGUAAUUUUGGAACUUGAAAGUACACAUAAGCACGCUGGAUAGCCUUCUAAGCAGCUUCUGACAGAACUUUGACAAAACUCAGCAGAAACAAAAAUGUUUAGUGGGUUUGUGAUUCAUGUCUGGAAAUUGCUUCUGAUAAUUAUAUUUUCACACAUGUCGCUGCUAUGUAGAUUUGAACUGGAUCCUCAUGCGUGAUAGCCUGCCGACUUACCGCUGCGCUGCUAAAGACACUUGACAAAGUCAAGCUAACUUCACUACACGGUAAAAAUUCUGAACGCUCGAUGUAAGGGAAAAAUCCCUUAACUAUUCAAUGUCCUAAUCAACAUGAUCAGAAAUGCUUUUCCUUUGAGAUCGCAAUGCUGUCAGUGUUGAUUUGAGGACCAGAACAAUCCCACCGAAGAAAUCAACUGAAAAUCCCUUCGAUUUGCACUAUUGUAAAAAGCAAUACGAUCCAAAGGGAAAAGCUGUUGAUUUGUAAAUGACUGUUUCGGUCAUGAAAGUAAAUAUAGAUGACAGGUGGUAGAUACUGGUUCGCUUCGAUUCACACCUCUCCAACAGACGUGAAGUAGUGUAGUGGUAAAACAGUGGAUCGGGACUCUGAAAGUCCAGGUAUCGAAUCUGGCAGCGGCUAAACGCAUUUUUUUUUAAUUCGAGUUUUGAAAUCAAAACAUUGCGAACGACGAAUUGAUGUGAAGUUCCAUUAAAGUUGAAGAGGCAUUGGAUGUUCUUUGUCAUAUUAUAUGUAAUUGAUAAUAAACUGAUUGAACAGUAGUGCGAAUCCAAGUGCCAACCAGUUUAUAUCACAGUGCAGAUUUUUUACCGUGUACUGUACAAAUAUGCAAAACUACACUAAGAAAAAUCCGCAUCUAGUUUCUAUGAGCCCACACAUAGAAUUUUGCUAUCAAGCUUUGCACUCGAAAAAUAAAUGCAUCGCACAUAAAUUCAAAUUAGGCAUUUAGAAUAUAAAUGCCGCUGCACAUAUUUUCCAUCCGACUAUUAGAUUUUAUGUGUAACCUUGAGUGGAGAACGUUGCGGUGCGCGCACAUAUGGAUUGUAAUAAUGGAGUGAGAUGGAUUUUUGCCAAUAAAUAUGUGCGGAUUUUUUAAAGUGUAGCUGCCGACAGAAAAUCGAUUCAAGUCAGACUUUACCUGCUGUUCAUUCAAUUUUUUUUUUUGCUCAAGCCUAUUAUUUAUUGAUUUGAUAAAUUCAUAUUUGUCGUUUAUUCGUGUAUGCUUAAACUGUUGUUUUCUGUAAAAGAAAUAAAUUAAUUAUAUUCAUUACAACACAAUGCUACUGAACUGAACUUCUAUGAACUUGAAAGUUCCGACAAAGUUCCGAGUAGCAUCUUAAGCAGCUUUAAAGUUCCGCGAAGUUCAGAUAAAGUUCCGAAUGGAACUUUCUGGCUGCUUAAGAGGCUAACAAUGAGCCUUGUCGGAGCUUGUGACCGAAGUUCCAGCAAGGCUCAUCGUUAUCCUCUUAAGCAGCCAGAAAGUUCCAUUUAGAAGGCUUGGCGAUCAAUCAACGGGAAGAAGAAGCCAACAAGAUACGCCUGUGUCACAACUGCCACUACGCGGAAGGCUCCUCCAAGGGUUCCUGUACGAAGUGCGGCAUCUCGAGAACGCACCAACGAGUCCGCGAGCAUCGAACAAUCUGCUGGGCUGCGUCACAGUGGUUUAGGUUCAGCAGCGUUACAUGCGCUGUGAGUUGUCAGCUGUGCCUUCAGCAUCUUGAGCCACCCGUCGGAUGCUUACUGUUCACAGAUUUUUCGGAACAAAUCAAACACUAGAAGGGGUUUGUUCAGACUUGCGCCUUAUGACGUUCACCUCUCAUUCCCAUUACCUACAAAACUUGUUUCUGUCAGGACAUUUGCAGUCCCACGACUUGUGUCCUGGUUCGUGGCACCUGAAACAAACCUCCGAUAGCUCGUGUAUGCCCGACGGACAUACCGACCUGUCCAUCUUGAGCGUACCUACUCUAACGGACUUGUAAGCGUUCGCCACAGAUAUCUGAAUCAAGGCCACAUGUAUCCCUGUCGAGUAUUUUUUGUAGCCGAACGACUACGAGGACCACCUGUGCCUCGGUCGACCUGCACCAUGGAUUUUUGGGUUACCAUUAUUCGUAAUUUUUCCGUAAAAUUUGAGAUGUCUGAGUUCUGUCACCUCAGGGUCCAGGAUCCCUAGACAUGUACGUGUCGAGGAUGUUUUAGGCAGAAUCACAUUGGUUGCUGGCACUGGCGUCUGGAACCAGAAUUCUAAUACCAUGACCGUCUUGAUAGUGAAGGUUAUCCAGUAAUGGUGAGUUGAUUGUCUUCAGACAAUGUGGAAGUAAAUACACAGAGCCCUAGUAUAUGUACCACCAACCGAGAGGGGGGGGGGGGUAGCAUCGUCGAGGAUUACUUAGGUAGACUUGCCCAAUCGCACUCUUUGAAAUGGUGGCCCUGUCAAACUACAGAAGCCGGUGACAUAUCCACUCGUUAGGGAAAUUGACGGUUGAGAGCUCCUUAGUUAGUACUGUAAUUGGUACAUUUGGAGUGCAUCAACAUUAGCAUACAACGAUAUGUUAUUGUCGCGCUCAUCUUUUAUUAGAGUCCUGCGGUGGUCGUACGCUCGCAAGGCAUACCGCCGCAUGACAGUCGCAAGGCAAAACAAAAGAAAAAGUGAUCCCGCCAAAAACAAAAGCACGUGGAUUUCGUGAAGUGACAGAUGUUUUUGAAUGUAUGUGUGACGAACGGCAAGAGUAGCUCAGUGGAAUGAGUGUUCUUUCUGUCGAACCCCAUAUAGUGGAAUUAUAUACUUUUAAAUCUGGUGACGCUGUUAUGAUUAGUGACUGUCGCGCUAAUAUUAGAAGCCAGAGGCAGAUAACCGCCAUAUUCUGAUUUUUCUUGAGAGGCAUAAUAUGUUCUGCGACCCAAGAAUACACCGGUGCUCUGCUAACUGGCAACAUUCUAAGACGUAAACCUGCUACUGCUUUCACUUUCAACUUAACCUAAAAGUAACAAACAAAUGGGUCAGCACUCAAAUCAAAUCAAAGCAAAAAAUAUAAUAUCUUAAGGAGCUCAUCCAAUCAUCGCAAUUACCGUCGAGGACUGUGCCGCUUUAAGUCAUACUAAUCAUCCACGAUCGUUCGUUCGUCUCUACUUCUCGUACUCUAUCCCCUGUCACCCGUCAGAAGUUUGCAACUUCUGUGAACCGAAAUUAUCCAAUCCCAGAAAUGCGUUCCGCCGAAAUAUGAACGACACUUCACUUUCCAAAGCACUCGGACACAAUCACUCUUCGCAAAUUUGAAAAAUCACGCUACACCGGCGGGGAACAUCCCGUCAUUCGGCUCCGCCGGAGGACGAGUGAGGCAUUUGUAAUUGGAUCGUAAAGCGAGAGCUGUUUUUCGUAUACUUUUACGAGUGUGAUUCUAACGAAUUUGUCAAAAAAAAAACAUCGCCCUUGGUGGGUAGGUUUCCCGGGGUCAUGACGACGGUGCGGUGGUAGACGAAGCGCGAAACCCCAACAACAAACGCACCCUACCGAAACGUUUAAUGCCGACCAAUGGCUUUUCAUUUAUUUUAAGAGGGCACUCUUUUUCCGAUUCUCAUGGACGAGAGCUUUUCCCGAGGCCAGUUGGCGAUAGGUUUUUUUUUUGCUCCACAAACAGUUUGUGCUUCGCCAUUGCGAUCCUUCGGAACGCAGUUGGAUGUGAAAUUUCAGAGUGUCACUCAUCCUGACAUCGUAGGACUCGAUUCAUUCCAGCAAUGGUACACAGUUGGAAAAGGUUGAAGUUUUGGAUCACAUCGCAAAGUACUUUCUUUUUCCAAAUCGUAAUAAUUCAGAUAAUUGUUCGAUAAAUUAUACUCGAACUUGUUUGGUUAACAUAAACAAUGAAUUUUAGAUGAACAUCAUUUCAGCACAUUUUUUACUGUGUAGCCCUGCGUACUAACAAUGAUGCAUCGUUGAGACCAGAACUGAAAAACAGCAUGUAAAAAAGUAAAACUGUACCAUACAAUUUAAAGCAUGGUUCGAGAUGAAACAAUAAAACAUUGAUUGAAAGCAAGAAAGAAGAAGAACUACUGAUAUCUGUGUUAAACAUAAAAAGUGAAACAAAACUGUACUACACAUUAGUUCUCUUUUAGGAAGUAUUUACAUGUUUUAUAUAUUCAUCCACAAAAAAAAUCAAUAGCAACUAGAGCAGAAGUAACUAGUAGUCGGAAAUAUGCGGCCAAACGUUAGAGACUUUAACAAUUUUCCAUCUUCUACCUUAAACAUAGAAUACAUCUGCGCUAGGAGAAAACUUGAAUAUUUAAAAGAAAAAAUACAAUAUUCUGAACUAACAAUAAGCGAAAAGCACUACAGAUAAACAUUAGUGAGGAUACAACCAAUUUAACCCAGUACUAGACUCUCCGACUAAUGCUACGUAGAAGUGUAAAUAGAUAUUUAUGAAUAUUAGUUUUAACUGACUCGUGUAAUGGAAUCGAACUUUGUUUUGUAAAAACUAUUUUAAUAUGCUCAAUUUUGUAAUAAAAUACUCAUCCGUUGUUGCUACGACUUUAAUUACUGCGCUUAGAUUUUAACUUGCAAUUAAGACUAUGUUGUGUCGUGCAGUAAGUGAUUAUGUUAACACCUAUGUGCCUGUGCCUCAUUUUGCACCCUAUUUCAAAACUUUAAAAAUCUGAUUCUCAGCCGUUUCUCAUCGAAAAUUUGUGAAAUUUUGACAGUUGAUCACAAAAUCCUUCUAGUUUAUGGAACCGGUAACAUGGUUCCGAUUUUUUUCCGUUGUUCCGGAUUUAUGGCCGUGAGUACUGGGGUAACCUCCUUAUCAGAUAGAGGUGCAACAUAAUUCGCCUUCGAAAACUAGCUUGCGGCAUUCCAAACUUCAUGAUUUUGCAAAACAAGAGUAUUGGAGCAUAUUUCUAGAGAUGCUGAAUACACUGGCCACUUCUCCGGAUGUUCCGGAAACCUGGUGCCCUCAGGGAAGUGGCCACUUUCUGACCGGUUCUAAAACCUAGCUUGCGACAUAUCAAACUUCAUGAUUUUGCAAAAAAAGACAAUUGAUGCAUGUUUUGAGAGAUUUCGGAUACACUGGCCACAUCUCCGGAUGUUCCGGAAACCUUGUGCCCCCAGGGAAGUGGCCACUUUCUGACCGGUUCUGAAACCUAGCUUGCGACAUAUCAAACUUCAUGAUUUUGCAAAACAAGACAAUUGGUACAUGUUUUGAGAGAUUUCGGAUACACUAAUCACUUCUCCGGGUGCUCCGGAAACGUGGUGCCCCCAGGGAAGGGGUCACUUUCUGACCAGUUCUGAACCCUAGCUUGCGACAUAUCAAACUUCAUGAUUUUGCAAAACAAGAAUAUUGGUACAUCUUUUCAGAGAUUUCGGAUACACUGGCCACAUUUCCGGAUGUUCCGGAAACCUGGUGCCCCCAGGGAAGUGGCCACUUUCUGACCGGUUCUGAAACCUAGCUUGCGACAUAUCAAACUUCAUGAUUUUGCAAAACAAGACAAUUGGUACAUGUUUUGAGAGAUUUCGGAUACACUGGCCACUGUGCCCCCAGAGAAGUGGCCACUUUUUGACCGGUUCUGAAACCUAGCAUGCGACAUAUCAAACUUCAUGAUUUUGCGAAACAAGACAAUUGGUACAUAUUUUGGGAGAUUUCGGAUACACUGGUCACAUCUCCGGAUAUUCCGGAAACCUGGUGCCCCCAGGGAAGUGGCCACUUUCUGAUCAGUUCUGAACCCUAGCUUGCGACAUAUCAAACUUCAUGAUUUUGCAAAACAAGACUAUUGGUACAUGUUUUGAGAGAUUUCGGAUACACUGGCCACUGUGCCCCCAGGGAAGUGGCCACUUUUUGACCGGUUCUGAAACCUCGCUUGCGGCAUAUCAAACUUCAUGAUUUUGCAAAACAAGACAAUUGGUACACAUUUUGAGAGAUUUCACAUACACUGGUCACUUAUCUGGAUGUUCCGGAAACCUGGUGCCCCCAGGGAAGUGGCCACUUUCUGACCGGUUCUGAAACCUCGCUUGCGGCAUAUCAAACUUCAUGAUUUUGCAAAA